AUGGAGAAUGAAAGUAUUUGGCAUCUGAUAUGGAAAGGUAUAUGGUAUUCACGACAACAUUUAAUCCAUAGUUAUCUAAUAAUUCCCAUUGGUAUAAUCAUCCUAUUAAUCAUCUUAUAUGGUCUUAAUAUUUUAUUGGCAGAUAUUGCUAAAAUCAAAUUCCCAAGUUCGGUUUUGGGGUUAUUGAUAAAUUUGGUGUUUUUAUGUGUUUUAAGCGUACUUAGUGAAUUAAGAGGAGAUUCUAAAUUCAUAAAACGUUUAAAUAAUGGAUCAUCAUGGAUAUUGACGAACUAUUUGCGAUUGAUUAAACCAUCUAUGAAUUUUACAUUGAAAUGGAUUAAUGUUUUCUUCAUUCCCUCGUUUGUUAUUUUACCUUUAUCUGAACCAAUUUCAUUUAUUGAAUGUUUGAAAAUCGCUGGUGUGUUUGUGGUUGGAUUGGCUGCUUUGAUAUUGGCAGAUGUUGGAAUGAUUAGAGUGUUUAAAUUGGUACUUGAAAAGUUUGGAUACAAAGAAGAGAAAAUCCAUUCUGAUGAAGAAGAUGAAAUUGAAAUGGAGAUUAUUCAAAGUAGUGCAAGAACAUUCACUAGUAUGAGGGAUGAUAUUACUACAAUUGAUCUUGAUAGUUUACAACCUAAUAGAAGUAAUCGAGAAGUUACACCACCAAGGGCCAUCAAUGAAAACCCAUUUGAUGACACAACUAGUUCAAAUUUACCAGAGCCUGAACCAAUUUAUCAUAAGCCACACCAUGUGGAUACAUAUCCAAGAACUCAUCGACUACCACCAGCUCAACAACAACAACAGGGAAGUGAUCUGAGUCAAGAACAAGAAAGUAUCGCUGUUGAACAACAAGAAGAAUUACAAGAAUUAUCCCCUAUAACAGUAUUUAUUACCAAUUAUAUUGAUUGGGUUUUAUACUUUGUUUUAUUUAUUAUUUCAUUACCAUUGUACUAUGUCUCAUCCAUUCAUACAUAUCUACCUUAUCAUUUAAGCAUCACUGUGUUAUCUUAUUAUGUUGCAUUAUUAAUUCCACAGAAAUACCCCGUCACAAAAAAAUUUGCCCAUCCGAUAAUCAUAUCAACUGGAAUCAUUUUAUUUAUUUGUUUUAUUGGAUCAUUGAUUUAUCACCACCAUCCAGAUGGGUUUUUACAAGAUUUGAAAUUUUACAAAACUGGUAAAAAUUAUUUAAAUUUAUUUAGUGGAAUGACUUUAAAUAAUAAUGGCAAAUCAGAUACUGUUCCAACCAAAGACCCAACAUCAACUCCACAAUGGCCUGGAUGUGGUGAUUUUUUGUCUUCUCUUAUGGAUAUAAGUAUUGUCAGUUUAUCACUUCCAAUGUUCAGUUAUCGUAGAGAUUUCAUUAAUAAUUUCCACAUAUUAGCUCCUACAAUAUUAGCAAGUAUUGGAUUGACAUUUUUCAUUUAUCCAAUAGUUUGUCAUUCUAUUGGAAUCGAAGCAGGUAGAUCAAUUGGUUUUAUUGGACGUUCAGUUACGUUAGCAUUGGGUACUCCCUUAAUUCAAGCAUUAGGUGGAUCAGUAUCAUUAAUGGCAGUUUGUACCAUAUUAUCAGGAAUUUUGGGAGUUUUAAUUAACGAACCAUUAUUUAAAUUAUUGCGAGUUGAUAAGCAAGAUUAUGUUACUAGAGGAGUAACACUUGGUAUUAAUUGUGGUGCUAUCGCCACAGCUCAUUUAUUAAAUGUUGAUCCAAGAGCUGCCUCAAUGUCCAGUUUAAGUUUCUCUGUCUUUGGUACCGUUAUGGUUAUCAUGGCCAGUAUCAAUGCUGUAAGAGAAUUGGUUCGUUCUUGGGUAGGAUUAUAA